CAUCGGGGAAACUGGUUCCAAGAAUUGCCAUGAAGCGCCCUGGACCUCCUGAGAGCUCGAGACUCACCUUCUUCCUGGAAAAUGCCUUGGCCAGAGAGGCUAGGGUUUGGAAAGUGCCGGUUUUCCAGAACCUCACCUUGAAGGGCACAGAUAUCUCCCUGUCGGGUUACAAGAAAGCUGUUCUCUGGAUUGCAGAAAUAAGUGCUCACUUCCAGUUUUACCCUGAAACAUUUGCCUUAGCUACCAGCAUCUUCAACCGGUUAUUGGCAUCGGUAAAGGCCCAAUUAAAAUAUCUUCAGUGCAUAGCAAUUUCCUGCCUUGUCCUUGCAGCAAAAACCAACGAAGAAGAUGAGGUAAUACCAUCGGUGAAGACGCUCGCAGUGCAGAGUGGUUGUAAACGCUCUCCAGCUGAGAUCUUGAGAAUGGAAAGAAUUAUACUAGAGAAGCUUCACUGGGAUCUUUACACAGCAACACCAAUGGAUUUUUUAAACAUUUUCCAUGCCAUGGUGAUGUCCAACUGGCCCCAGCUACUACAGGGGCUGCCUCAGAUGAAUCCUUCCCGCCACGUUGCGUUCUUGACCAAACAGCUACAGCACUGUAUGGCCUGCCACCAACUGGUGCAGUUUGAGGGCUCCACGUUGGCUUUGGUGAUCAUCACCUUGGAGCUGGAGAGGCUGACUCCUGACUGGUUUCCUGUCAUUACCGGUCUGCUAAAAAAAGCACAGGUUACCAGCACUGAAUUCAUCCGCUGCAAAGAGCUUGUGGAUCAAGAGCUCACGUGCUUGCAGCCAUCCAAUGCCGUUUAUAUUUUCUAUCCCAUCAGUCACGCCAUCCAGGACCAUCCCAAGGCAAGGCCACCCUCCCACGGCUCUUCUGGCUUGAAGGAUUCCCAUCGAGUGAGUUUGAGGGUGGCUGCCAACCCCCCGGUUUUAGCACCUUUCAUGCCUGCUCCAGCUCAAAUUCCUGACGAUGCCAUGGAGACAGAUGAAUACUACGAUGGAUUUGGACACCUGUACAGUGAGGACGGGGGAGCGGGGGGUGCGAAGGUGAUGAACCCGGGUGGUUCGUGCCCUCAGCUGAGGGCUGGAGAAGGCAGCUCCCCGUGUCCUCCCUUACAGCCGCCUGAACAGGACUAG